CGCCAAUUACUUUGGUUAAAGUUCAACCGAAGAAAGAACCAAUGAAGUUGAUUAAAAAAAAAUUACAACACAAUGCACGAGACUCUUACUAAAACGAGAUCUAAGCGGGCAAGAUGUACGCCGAGCCUAGCCUUAUGACAUUGAUUGUGACAUUUAACAAUUGACAAAAUAAAUCUCUUUUGCACUUGCUAAGAGCUUGGUUCUUCACUAGGAUCUCUUGCUUCUUGCUUGUCCAAAAUACUUUGCAAGAUUUGCAGACAUUGUGAAUGAUGAGAGGAAGCACAAGAGCAACAGGGGAGGCAUUCUGCAAUGGCAUUGUGCGUAGAAUGGUGAGCCUCCCUCGGAGCCUUUUAGGCGGUUUUUCAAGAGCAAUGAACCAUGGAAUAGACCUCAUUGGGAUAGGAGGUAGAAGAAACCAACAACAUAUAUCCCCUAGUUAUCCUCUUCCAUAUCCACCCGAGCCUGUUGUCAUUCAAGAAGAGUGGGCAUUUCUAAGCAGCUUUGAGCGGCAGUACGGUACAACACAUCCUUUCUUCUACGCUUGUCGCUUUGUGGAGGCUCUCAAGAUAGCUGAGGAUGAUCACAAGUUCAUGUUCUUGUAUCUUCACUCACCAGAACACCCAUUCACACCCUCUUUCUGUAGAGAGACCUUGUGUUCAGAGGUGGUGGUGCAGUUUCUUGAUGCGAAUUUUGUGUGCUGGGGUGCACUUGCAAAUAGAGGUGAGGGUUUACAGAUGGGUGCAACAUUGCAGCCUGGUAGCUUCCCAUUUUGUGCAAUAGUGGCUCCGGCUUCUGGCGAUAACUUGGCAGUGCUCCAACAGAUAGAAGGGCCAGUUUCGCCUGCUGAAUUGGUGGAGAUCCUGCAGAGGACAAUGGAGGAGCAAGGAUUGGCUUUUGGUAGCGCACGAGCCAAAGAAAAAGAGAAAAGAAGGGCCGAUCAGCGGUUGAGAGAAGAACAGGAUGCAGCAUAUGCUGCAUCUCUUCAGUCAGAUCAGGAAAGAGAGAUACUCACCAAGAACUCGCAUUCAGAAGCAAGAGUUCAACAACAAGCAGAGGCUUCAAACAGAGUAAAUAAUGAGAAGGAUAAACAAAGUGCUAUAAAAAUUCAGCAUAGUAAAGUGAAAGAAGCAACAACUAGUAGAGAAACUCAACCCAAGGAUGUUGCAAGUAGAGGAAAUGGUGCUCAGGUCACCCAGAUAUUGAUAAGGUUUCCAAAUGGAGAAAAAAGAGAGCAAAGCUUCUUAUCCUCAGACAAGGUUCAAGCAAUAUACAGAUACAUAGAUUCAGUGGGAUUGGGUGGUGGAGUUGGAAACUACAGAUUAAUAUCAAGCUUCCCAAGAAAAGUCUAUGGUGUUGAUCAGAUGGGACUCUCUCUCAAAGAUGCUGGUCUCCAUCCUAGAGCUAGUCUUUUCCUAGAGCUUCUCUGACCAAUUAACAAUUGCACUCAUAUAUUUUCAAAUGAAUAUAUAUAUGUGUGUGUGUGUGCAAGCAAGAACAACUUGAAUAUGUGUGUGCGCGUGCACAUAUAGAACCUUAAAAAAUAUCAUUUGGAACUUAAUUGAUAGAUUACAUGUAGUUUAUAUGUAUAUAUGUAUGUAUGUGCCUGUGAGGUCACUUGUGUUUCUGUCUUCAACUUUUCAAGGAAUGCUUUUUCUUCACUGUUUUCUUA